AUGAUGAAGGUUAAAGCUCCCGAGGCGGCCUACUCUGAAAAGGAGGACGGAAGUGAUCUCUCUGGAUUACCCACAGAACUGGAUAAUGAAGAUAGUAGUGAUGUAAAGGUUAUAAAUCGAACUGGUGUGGAUAUUUCAGACAGGGAAUACAACAAUAGAUUGUCAGUUUUUAAACCGAUUCGUGUGAGUGAGAAAUUUAUUAGACCGAAAACACCUCCUGGGAUGAGGGACUUUCUACUUCGUAUUCAGAAAGGUCAAAUAUUAAAUGGAGAAGACACUAUUUGUGAUGAAACUGUACUGAUGAACUCAAAGGAAAACAUUGAAAAUGACGAACCGAGACCAAAUGUUGGAGAAGGCUUUCAAAAUUCCAACGUAAAACCAAAAGCUUUAACUGACUCUCCAAUUACUUCUACUCAAAAUAUAACAGAUCAAUCAAAAGUUUUAGAAUUCCGUAAUUCUUUAUCACCUAUUGUUAAUCAACCUCAAAGUUCAGUUAUCAUUGACGAUAGUAUAAUAAGUAAUUCUUUAAUAGAAAAUUAUCCUGUUACAACUAAUUCCCAACAAAAAUUAUCAUGUAAAUUUCGUCUUAUCAAUCCGAAUGUUGAUUCACCAUCGGAACAAUUAAUUGUCCCAAAAAUUAAAAAAACAUCACAUUUAUUCAAUGAAAUUAAUAAUCAAUCAAAAAAAUUGAUAAGGAAAUCAUCUAUUAAUAGUAAAAGAAUUUCAAUUGGUACUCCGCUUACACCAGAUGUUCUACUGGAUUUUGUCAGUUCCACACAUUCAUCAAAAUCGGCUAAUACAAAAAAGCAUAACACUGAAUCUGUAGACAAUAAAUUGGAAAAUGUUCAACAACAAAUAAAAAAGUCAAACUUAUUAACAUAUAGAAAAUCUACAAAAUUAUUCUCGAAUUUAAAAAAUUCACCAUCAGUUACACCUAAAUUACGUAGUAAGUCAAUUCUCAAAGAGGCUAAUCAUAACAGUAAUACCACCACCACUACUACUACUACUAAUGGUGAUGAUGAUGAUCAUAAUAAUACUAAGGUUAAAUUAAAGACUACGCUAUCUACAGGUAAAAGAACACCAAUUCACAAACAAUCAAGACAGUCUACUCACAAUAGUCAGUCAAAAAGUAAAAGUAUUACAGAGAAGAAAACGAAUAAUAAUGAAGAAACUAAAAAUCUCUUAGCAUCAUCUAGUCGUAAACAGAAUGUCAAUUCUUCAAAAGAUAUUUCAAUUCAACAGCGAAAAAGAUCAAUGAGUGCAUUAUGUACGCAAACAUUACGACCUGUAAUUGUUUGUCUACCAUCCAAUGUAGAUUUAGACGCAACAAAGAUUGUUCCUUGUUUAGAGGAAUCAGAAUCACUUUACAAGCAACAAGACAAAUCAAAUCAAACUUUAAUGGUAUCUAAUUCUGUCCAUAAAAAAUCAUGUGGUGUAACCAACGAACUGUUGCCAGACAAUCAUUAUAAAGAAAAGUCAAAUAAUAACGAAAUUACGCCACUAUCAACAACACCGAAACGUCUAUCUGUGAGUCAAAUAAAAACUAUCAAUAAACGUAGUAGCUUAGAAGAAUUUCGGUCUACACCGCAAAUAAAACGCAAAGAUAUGUCGAUAAGAUCUCCAAUAGCGUCUGAAAUAGGUGCAACAAGAAUCAGCAUAGUAUUUAGUGGAACUCAAUCAGAAGAAGAACAAGUUUUGAUUGCAUUACUGAAAUCAAGCAAUUUAAUUGGUUAUGAUAUAAUUAAACCUUCGUUUUCACAUUCUCAUUUAACAAGAACAAAAUGUAAACUUGGUACAGCUAAUCGUUCUUCUGUUUUAUCAGAAUUUACACAUUUAGUCACAGAAUCCCCUUGUCGAAGAACAUUGAAAUUAUUUCAUGCUUUAAUUCGUGGUGCACAUAUUGUUACUACUGAUUGGAUACGUCAAUCAGUAACUUUGAAUAUGUGGUUAUCUGAAUCAGAAUUUAAACCUUCUGGAUUACCUCGUUUAUCACGUAUGCAAACAAUGAAUAGAUUAUUUUCAAGUGUCGGUAUUAUUUAUGUUGAUAUUGAUACAAAACCACCACGUCAAGAUCUUGUGGACCUAUUGAAUUUAGGCGGUGCACUUCUUACCAAUAGGAAAACAGAAGCUACAAUUCUUAUCGGUUGUAAUAUGUCAAAUAAAAUAUGUAUUAAACCGAAGUGGAUUUUAGAUUCUAUAUUUCAAGCCAAAUUAUUAUCAUUGACAGAUUAUGAAAUGUAGACUGGAGUAAUAUUGUUUAAUUUCACUUUUCAAUGUACAUUCAUCUAAGUCUAUUCUCAUAUUGUAAUUUUCAUCUUAAUUAGUUUUCAUUUGUUUUGUUUUUCUUUCUUUCUUAACUGUACAUAAGUUUUGAUUGAGAUCAUGAACCGAUUGAUUUUAGACCACCGUUGGAAAUCUGGAAGCACUGGAUGGCCGUUUCGUCCUAUUUUGGUACUCCAAUGCUUCCAGGUUUCCAACGAUAGUUUAACAUCAAUUGGUUCAUGAUCUCAAUCAAAAACUUAAUAAUCUCCACAAUUCCUAUACUGAUAACUAACUGUGUAUAAGUUUUUUCUUCAUUAAAUACUUACUUUUGGUUGAUUGUUUACUUUGUUUAAUAAAUUUCAUUUGUAUAGA